UUCUGCUAACUAUUUUUCCCCUUCCUUCUCUCUCUAGUCCCACUCCACUCAUCAAUCAUUAAAUAUUUAAUAAUUAUUUUUCUCUGUAAUUUUACUACUCCUUCUCAGCAUCAUCUCCGAUUGCUAGAGAAACCCUAGAAAUAAUUAACGAAGGAAGCGGAUUUUAAUCGAUCUUCAAUUCUCCGAUAGAAUGCCGUCAGUUUACGGUGCUCGUUUGACGACGUUUGAAGAUGAUGAGAAGGAGAGCGAGUACGGUUACGUUCGUAAGGUAUCCGGACCAGUCGUGGUUGCAGAUGGCAUGGCUGGUGCUGCUAUGUAUGAAUUGGUCCGUGUUGGUCAUGACAACCUAAUUGGUGAAAUCAUUCGUCUUGAGGGAGAUUCUGCUACAAUUCAAGUUUAUGAGGAAACAGCAGGUUUGACAGUGAAUGACCCUGUUCUUCGAACACACAAGCCUCUAUCUGUGGAGUUGGGGCCAGGAAUAUUGGGCAACAUUUUUGAUGGAAUUCAGAGACCUUUGAAAACGAUUGCCAAAAGAUCUGGUGAUGUCUAUAUUCCCCGCGGUGUCUCUGUCCCAGCUCUCGACAAAGAUAUUCUCUGGGAAUUUCAGCCUAAAAAAAUAGGUGAAGGAGAUAAUGUGACCGGUGGAGACUUAUUCGCCACCGUCUUCGAGAACAGUCUUAUGGAGCACCAUGUUGGACUGCCUCCUGAUGCUUUGGGAAAAGUCACUUACAUUGCACCGCCUGGUCAAUAUUCAUUGAAGGACACUGUUUUGGAGCUUGAGUUCCAGGGUGUAAAAAAGCAAUUUACUAUGCUUCAGUCCUGGCCAGUGCGUACUCCGAGACCUGUUGCAUCAAAGCUUGCUGCUGAUACCCCUCUACUUACUGGUCAGCGUGUUCUUGAUGCCCUUUUCCCCUCGGUUCUUGGUGGAACUUGUGCCAUACCUGGGGCUUUUGGCUGUGGAAAAACUGUCAUUAGUCAAGCUCUCUCCAAGUACUCCAAUUCAGAUACUGUUGUUUAUGUUGGUUGUGGAGAAAGAGGAAAUGAAAUGGCAGAGGUGCUUAUGGAUUUUCCACAAUUGACAAUGACACUGCCUGAUGGUCGUGAAGAGUCUGUCAUGAAGCGCACAACGCUUGUGGCCAACACUUCUAACAUGCCUGUGGCUGCUCGUGAGGCUUCAAUUUAUACAGGAAUCACUAUAGCCGAGUACUUCAGGGAUAUGGGCUACAAUGUCAGCAUGAUGGCAGAUUCAACAUCCCGUUGGGCAGAAGCAUUGCGUGAAAUUUCAGGGCGGCUGGCAGAAAUGCCUGCAGAUAGUGGAUAUCCUGCUUAUUUGGCAGCACGUUUGGCCUCAUUUUAUGAGCGUGCCGGUAAAGUACAAUGCCUUGGCUCACCAGAUCGUAAUGGUAGUGUCACAAUUGUCGGUGCUGUUUCCCCUCCUGGAGGAGAUUUUUCAGAUCCUGUUACAUCUGCUACACUCAGUAUCGUCCAGGUCUUCUGGGGUUUGGAUAAGAAACUUGCUCAGAGGAAGCAUUUCCCUUCUGUUAAUUGGCUUAUUUCCUAUUCAAAGUACUCCACUGCAUUGGAAUCUUUCUACGACCAAUUUGAUCCAGAUUUUAUCAACAUCAGGACAAAGGCUCGAGAAGUGCUACAGAGAGAAGAUGACUUGAAUGAAAUUGUCCAGCUUGUGGGCAAGGAUGCUUUAGCUGAAGGAGACAAAAUUACACUGGAGACUGCAAAGCUUUUGAGGGAAGAUUUUCUUGCUCAAAAUGCCUUCACUCCAUAUGACAAGUACUGUCCUUUCUACAAGUCUAUUUGGAUGAUGCGCAACAUAAUUCAUUUUUACAAUUUGGCCAAUCAGGCUGUGGAGAAAGCAGCUGGCAUGGAUGGCCAGAAGAUUUUGUACAGCCACAUCAAGCAUCGAUUGGGAGAUCUCUUCUACCGCUUAGUGUCUCAGAAAUUUGAGGACCCAGCAGAAGGAGAAGAAGCUCUUGUGGCAAAAUUCAGCAAGUUGCACGAGGAUCUAACUGCAGGUUUCCGUGCCCUGGAGGAUGAAUCCCGAUAAUCGAGGAUUGCGAAUUUUGCUCUUUAAGCAGUCCUAGGCUAGCAGCAGUGCAUACCAGCACUUGGUUUCUCUCUCUAUUUGUUGCAUUCUGUGAAGACAAAGAGUGUUGGUAGGUUCAGCGUUUGUGGUGCUGUUUUGGGCCAUAAUUUUAAUUGGCUUUGUGAUAGCCAAUAUAAACUUGAGUUAUUUCAUUUGAAGUCCUAUUGGGCAGCAACGGACCAGAAACUGUUCCAUAUGUAUUUAUUCAAUAAAGGUGUGUAUCGAGUGGAUGCCGAUUUGUAUGAUUUAAUUUAUUAUUUAUCACAUUUUCCUCUUUCUGUUUCC